CAUAGGCCUAGAAGUAAAGAAUCUGGUUCACGUCAUUUACAAGACCAAAACUGCAAUAUAUACAACCCUCGGUAAAAAAUCCUCCUGACUGGAUGGACCUAGGUUCGAAGGUGCUUGAGAUAGUGGAGGCAGGGGCUAAAGCAAAGACGGCGCUGCUGGAAGGUGGGGAGAAAUGGAUCAAGGCGGUUGUAAAGGGGAGGAAAGACCCUGUAGCGGAGUUUUCCAAGGGGAAGAGUAACAUGACUGCGAUAAGACAGGAAGUGGUGACAAUGCUGAAGGACAUUGUUGAUGAUGUUCUGACUCCUCUUGAACCUCUAAAAAAACUGGGAAGAAAGUUCGUGGACACUUUCAAGAAGGUGUUUGAUAUCGCCAAAUCCGUGAAGCGAGCUUACGACGCUCUGAAGGAAGGAUACCGAGCGGCCCGCUCUCUUAUCGACCGUAUUUUCGGACCCAAAUGUCACAAGGACUUUCCCCGAACCCUCCGACUCGCUGGGGGUGGAUGCAAUGGACAGGGCAGCUACCCCUCUGAACUGAAGAAUCGAGAUGAAUACGAGCAUGAAGGAAUAGAUGUGACAAUAUCUCCUGGCAAAGAGAUUGUGGCUCCGUUUGAUGGAAACAUCAUGCUGUCCGACAAAUCUCAUGAGAUCAUCAUCAUCCCGAAUGCAGGAUCUCUUAAGGACACGGAGGUCAUCAUAACGAACAUCAACCCCGACAGCUCCUUAGUGGACAAUCCAGUGAGUGCUGGACAGAAGAUAGGCGUGGCGGCCAACUCUCCGUGUGGGGGUAACGAACACAUUCAUUUCUCCCUGAGACGGACGGGCGGCUAUGUGGAUCCUACACACUACCUGGAAGCCAGGGUACCGAAGAUUCCUGAGUGGGUGCAAGAGUGUGACGACUACAGGGUGGUGUUUAAGGAUGAUGCUAUAGCCGAAGACUGCAUCAUCUGUCUGGACGGUAAAGACAAGAAUGAUACCAGUCCAGAGAGAAAAGGAGAGGAUGUUGGAAAGCCAGAGGACCUUGAUUCCUCAAAAGAUCCUUCCUCUGUUGCCGACGCAGAAAAUAAAAAGCCCGAUUCUAUGUUCCAAAGGAUGCAGUCUCGAAAACCACAGAUAAAAGAAAAGGCGAAGAAAACAAAAGAUGGUGCUCUGGCAACCCUUUUUGAGAAAGCUGGUGCCUUUUUGAAGAAAUUCUCCAUCCGUAACCUGAAAAUGGGGACUAUCUUGGAUCUUCUUGAGAUUCUCGGCCUUGACGAGAGUCAAGGGAAGGUGGCAGAGGUCAUAAGAACAAUCAAGGAGAUGAUUAGCAACAAGCCGUGCUUCAACCCUUACCAGAUGACGGAUGACCAGCUGAGGACGGAGCUGACCGAGAGGGGGAUGAGGGCAGAGGGGACUCGGGAACAAAUGAUCAACUCCCUCACCACGCCAUCAAACAGUCAGUUCACACAGUAUCAAACAGUCUUUAGCUUAAUGCCUGUCCGCUCAUGAAAAUCUCGAUGCCCAACAACAUCUACUGCACAUUUGACGACAAAUGUCUUGGACUGGAAUGCUGUGUACAUUUCAACCUCUUCAUGUUCAGAAAG